CGCCGUGUUGGAUUCCGUGUCGGACCGCUGGUAACGGUCGGUCACUAAUGUCUGCUACACCCGGUGUUUGAGUUGUGGGAUGGAGUUUCGUUGACAGACUUCUUCUAUCGCUCUGUGACUUUUCUACUCAUCGUGUCUUUCUACCAGCGCGGAGGAAUCCACCGGAGCUCUGAACCGAGCAGCAUGGAGGAAACCAUCAUCGUCAGGGUACAAUCCCCCGAUGGGAUGAGGAAAGUUGCUUCCACCAAGAGGGAGACGGCGUCUGCGUUUCUGAAGAAGGUGGGCAAAGAGUUCGGGUUCAACACCAAUGGGUUUUCUAUUUACCUGAACCGCAACAAGACCGGAGAGAUCCUCUCCCAGAACAAAACUAUGAGCCUGCUUAAGAUCAAGCACGGCGACAUGCUUUACUUGUUCCCCUCAGGAGCCUCCUCUUCCUCCUCAGGGGAGGUGAUGGACACGGCAACCCCACACUCAUCUUCAUCACUAUCAUCCAUCUCGUCGUCCUCGUCCUCCUCAUCGUCCCACGUGAUGCCCCGGUCCUUCUCGUCGCCCCAGGUCCAGGAGGACGAGAUCGACCAGUAUCUUACCAAGCAAGACGGCAAGAUCUACAGGAACAAAGAUCCUCAACUAUGUCGCCAUGGUGCCCUUGGAAAAUGUGUGCACUGUGUACCAUUAGAGCCUUUUGACGAAGACUACCUGAAUCACCUCGACCCGCCAGUCAAGCACAUGUCAUUCCACGCGUACCUUCGCAAGCUGACCGGUGGAGCCGAUAAAGGGAAGUUUGCAGCUCUGGAGAACAUCAGCUGUAAAAUCAAGUCGGGCUGCGAGGGCCACCCUCCCUGGCCGGAGGGGAUCUGCACCAAAUGCCAGCCCAGUGCCAUCACACUGAACAGACAGAAAUACAGACAUGUGGACAACAUCAUGUUUGAGAACCACACCAUCGCCGACCGCUUCCUGGACUUCUGGAGGAAGACGGGCAGUCAGAGGAUGGGGUACUUGUACGGCCGGUACACUGAGCACAAAGACAUCCCUCUGGGCAUCAGAGCGGAGGUGGCUGCCAUCUACGAGCCUCCACAGAACGCCACUCAGAACAGCCUGGAACUGGUGGAGGAUCCUAAAGCUGCAGCUGUGGACGAAAUUGCUGCCAAACUGGGGUUGCGCAAGGUGGGCUGGAUCUUCACCGACCUUCUCUCUGAGGACACACGGAUAGGAACUGUCCGCUUCGUAAGAAACCACGACUCUCACUAUCUGAGCGCAGAGGAGUGCAUCACGGCAGGAUACUUCCAGAACCAUCACUCUAACCCCUGCAGACUCUCUCGAGACGGCUCCUUCGGCUCCAAGUUUGUGACGGUGGUGGCGACAGGAGGUCCAGAUAACCAGGUACACUUUGAGGGAUACCAGGUGUCCAAUCAGUGCAUGGCUCUGGUGAGAGACGAGUGCUUACUGCCCUGCAAAGACGCGCCUGAGCUGGGCUACGCUAAAGAGUCCAGCCCUGAGCAGUACGUACCCGACGUCUUCUACAAGGACAAAGAUAAAUUUGGAAAUGACGUCACGUUUUUAUCUCGGCCUCUCCCCGUGGAGUACCUUAUUAUAGACAUAACCACCACUUUCCCAAAAGACCCACAGUACACCUUCUGCUCCACGCAGCGCUUCCCCAUCGAGAACCGGGAUAUCUUUGGAGAGACACAAGAUUUCCACAGUUUAUCCACGUACCUGUCCCAGUGCACCUCCACGGCAUUCCUGGACAUCGUGUCAGACUUCCACCUGCUCCUCUUCCUCGUCACCAACGAAGUCAUGCCUCUAAGAGACAGCAUCGGGUUGCUUUUAGACGCAGUGAGAACUUCUAACGAGGACCUGGCUCAGACCUGGAAGAAGUCGGAGCAGUGGGCGACCAUCGAGCAGCUCUGCAGUACCGUGGGCGGGCAGCCCUCCAGCUCUCUGGGUUACGGGGCCAUGGGCGGUCCGUCGGCCCCCGCCUCCUCCUCGGCCAUGUGGUCCUGCCUCCACUGCACCUUCAUGAACCAGCCUGGCACAGAGCACUGUGAGAUGUGCAGCCUGCCCCGAAGUUAAACCCCCACCCUUCCCCUCCCCCCAUCGGUCUCCGCCCUGUUCUAAUCCCACCAAGCCCUCCUCUCACCUCGCCGAUGACAUCACCGCACCAGGACCAGCCGCGAGACGUGGACCCUCUUCUUCUUGUUUUUGUUUUCUUCGCCCCUCCAUCUCACGGGCGGCUGUGACACGUGAAAGGGAUGCACUCGUUUACAUCGAAUUCAAUGAGUAAAUCAGAUAAAACCAGACUGUUUCUUUCUUCUUGCACCCUUCCUCACAGUGGCUUUCAAAAAGGGGCGGGGUUUGUUAAGGUUAAGCACUUUCGGCUGAGGCUCCUCCCCCUCCUGAAUAAUCACCCCUCCUUGAAUAAAUCUUGCUGUGACUCAGGACGACAGCCACAGACUCCAGUGUUUGGAUGUUCUCUCACAUCAGUGCCCCUCGCUCUCUCGCUCUCUCUCUCUCUCACUCCGUCUUCUGGAAACUCGUGUGUAUAGAAACAUUUGAUAUUUAAUUCAGCUUCUCUUUUUCUGACUGUAGCGAUACCUUAAAGUCUGAACCUCCACGGUGGAUCCCACUCUGUCAGGUGUUUCUAGGUCUCUUUGACACGCCCCCUUAAAGUACAAUCAUCGGGUCAAAGCUCGGACCUGAAACUCUCAAGAGCUCCAGAGUGACUCCACUUGACUUUAUCCUUUCAGUGUUAACUUUUAAAAACAAAGUCCCCUGUUUGGAAAAGGUAACAACACGACCUCCAGAGAUGCAGAAGUCACAGAAGUGCAGGACUUGUGGUUCCCCUGGUUUGAGGAAAAUGUGUAGCUUUAAGAUUUGCUGUUCUGAACUCGAGCAGGCGUAACAUGUAGCUCAUUUCAUCAGCUAUAAGCUCCGAUUCCACCACGAGGUGCUCCCAGAAACUACUGGUGCUUGUCACUCCCCUCUUCUUCUUUGGUUUGCUGCAAAGCAGUCGAACCAUCACUGACGCUCCAACAACAAUCCCUCACUUUGCAUCCAUCACAUCCGAUCUUUGCUCUCUUGGUCUGCAGGCUGCAUGAGGAUCAGAGUUCAUCCUUCCUCUAAGGAGAUUUUGCGUGAUAUUUCCUUCUCUAAGAAGCACUUCAAACCCCUCGACGGCGCUGAACAGGCGCAGAAAUGUAGACUUUAUCUAGAGCCUGAUUUAUACUUCAGCGUCAAAUCCACGCUGGAGGUCCACGUAGCUCCCGUACCUACGCAUCCCCGCUCCCUGUCAUCUGCGGUGUAUUUCAUCUCCUCCUCUCUAUUCCUCAUGUAAUCUGUACGAUAAACAGCAACAUGUUUCAGCUGUAGAUUAACACAACACGCCCUGAAUCUCUGUGGAAAAGGAAACAGAGACCGUAGCGGGGCCGGAAGCAGGCGACCGGCUAUCAGAGAGACCACACUGCCCUCUAGUGUUUCGGCGUAGUAUUGCUGCUGCGUAGAAGUAUAAAUCAGCCUUAAGUCGGUGAUGUAGCCUCAGUGGAGCGAUUAAUAAAUGCUCCUCAACCUGCAUUCUUUCUGGAGGCCACCAGGGGGCGACAGGAAAAGUCUACGAUGAAAUUAGCCUCGAUUUUUUUUCCCUCAGUAACAUUUUCCUGCAGAUUGAAUGCUCUAAAUGUCUCGUUCAAUGCAGCAGAAUGUGCAUUUUGGAAGUUAUUGUCCCGUUAAACAUCAAAUAUACAGAAAAUUCUUAAUUAUUUUUUUUAAAGAUAUAUUUUUGGGCGUUUUUGCCUUUAUUGAUAGGACAGCUGUAGAGAGACAGGAAAUGUGGGGAGUAGAGAGUAGGGGAAGACAUGCAGGAAAUGGUGACAGCCGGGGAAUCGAACCGGCAACCUCUGCGACGAGGACGUUAGCCUCUGUAUGUGGGGCGCUUAGACCGUUAAGCCACCAGCGCCCCCUAGGUGCGUUCAAUUCUGGCAUCAAAACACAAGAAAAUUCUGAACUGGAGGCUUCAAAGAAUAGAGGUCUGGUGACAUCACGAUGGUUGUGUCUGCUUCUUGUCUUCAGUCUAUCCUUACAGAACUCAAAGAGUGAGCUUAGACUGGUUCCAGCAUGUUGGAUCUCAGUGUUCAGAGGCUGAAAAGGAGAAACAUUUCAUUGAUUUGACUCCAAACAUCUUCAUCCAGCAUCACGUUCAGAUAUUCGUUCAUUAGACUCAAACUUGGACCAAAACUUCAGAUCUUUAUCAAAGUCGUGAAAGUUUCUGCUGUAGAUUAACACAACACGCUCUGAAUCUCUGUGGGAAAGGAAGCAGAGACUGUAGCGGGGCCGGAAGAAGGCGACCGGCUAUCAGAGAGACCACACUGCCCUCUAGUGUUUCGGCGUAGUAUUGCUGCUGCGUAGAAGUAUAAAUCAGCCUUGAGUCGGUGAUGUAGCCUCAGUGGAGCGAUUAAUAAAUGCUCCUCAACCUGCAUUCUUUCUGGAGGCCACCAGGGGGCGACAGGAAAAGUCUACGAUGAAAUUAGCCUCGAUUUUUUUAUUCCCUCUGUAACAUUUUCCUGCAGAUUGAAUGCUCUAAAUCUCUCAUUCAAUGCAGCAGAACGUGCAUCUUGAAAGUUAUUGUCCGGUUAAACAUCAAAUAUACAGAAAAUUCUUAAUUCUUUUUUUUUAAGUUAUAUUUUUGGGCGUUUUUGCCUUUAUUGAUAGGACAGCUGUAGAGAGACAGGAAAUGUGGGGAGUAGAGAGUAGGGGGAGACAUGGAGGAAAUGGUGACAGCCGGGGAAUCGAACCGGCAACCUCUGCGACAAGGACGUUAGCCUCUGUAUGUGGGGCGCUUAGACCAUUUGGCCACCAGCGCCCCCUAGGUGCGUUCAAUUCUGGCAUCAAAACGCAAGAAAAUUCUAAACUGGAGGCUUCAAAAAAUAGAGGUCGGGGGAUAUCACGAUGGCUGCGUCUGCUUCUUGUCUUCAGUCUAUCCUUACAGAACUCAAAGAGUGAGCUUAGACUGGUUCCAGCAUGUUGGAUCUCAGUGUUCAGAGGCCGAAAAGGAGAAACAUUUCAUUGAUUUGACUCCAAACAUCUUCAUCCAGCAUCACGUUCAGAUAUUCGUUCAUUAGACUCAAACCGGGACCAAAACUUCAGAUCAUCAAAGUCAUAAAAGUUCAGCUGUAGAUUCACAUCAUCGGCAUUUUAACGUCUAACUUUGAGGCGCUCGUUAUUUUGUUAUUUUGGGAACUCAUUCUGAGAAAUACAAACACAUUAAAGGCGGCCGAGCUCGUGUGGUGCCAGAGUCGAGGGGUGUUUUUCUCCCAUCACCUGCAGACCAGAUGGAAAUAAAGAAUGAACAACGUCUCAAAUAUGAAGAGAGGAAAUGUUUGAUUGACUACAGCAAAGACAUUUCUUCUCCACAUCUCAUUCACAUCUCCCUCCCCUUCACGUCCGCUCGUCCCUUCCUUUAGUUUUUCUUGAUGCACUAUGACAUGAAGAGGUUUCACGGGCUGGGAUCAAACUUCAGGAGCACUGACGACAGGGGGGUCUUCGGUUCAGAGGGCGAGCCUUCAGCUGCAGAUUUACUAUUUAUGAGACUACGUAAGAGCUAGACAGUAAUUCCACUGAUGAAGUGAAAGCAGAUUUCUAGUUUUAGUUUGAAAAUGCUUGAAAAAAAAAGAUUUCUCUUGUUUGUUUGUUUUUUCGCCGGUUGAUAUCACUCUCGCCCCCCCUCUCCCCUUCCCCCGUGUGAAUUUUUCCAGAGCGAUUUAUCUGAUGUCAUGCUAACAGACGGCAGUGACCUUUUCCUUUUCUAUUGAUCCGGGGGCCGUUUGCUGAGCAAGCAUGCUCUUGGAGAGACAGCAGGUCCUCACUUUCCUCUGAGCUUACUGAGGAGCCUGGGAGUUGUAUGCUGUUGACCUGGAUUUGAAACAAAAUAAUAAAAACACAAAAACAACAAAGAA